GUUGCUAUGGUUAGUUGACCAUAGAACUUCAAGCCAACUGGCUGUGCCAAUUGUUGGUUCUCCUGCCGAUAAAGGAUAUACCACAUAAAAUACAGGAUAAUGUCAGCCUAUCAAGAAAUGUCAACGAAACCACGACCUUGGUCGGGUCUGUGGAUAUUGAUAUUAAGCUUAAUGCUUUUUGCCUUGACCCUAACGGCGGUAGCAAUGCUUGAAGCUGGUCGUGCCCAGAGUCAAUCUGGUGGUGAAUCGGAAGUGUUUAUAGUGAAUAGUUUGUGGAAGCAUUUCAAAGGCGAUGCUAAUAAUACAACUACGGAACAAAAAGAAGAAGUGGCCACUGUGGAACGUAUUGCAAGAGAAACAGGCAAUAUCAGUAGUGUAACAUCUCAGGGCAAUAACUAUUAUGAGGAACAGCGGGCAAUAGUAGUGAAUUCGGAGAGCUCUGCUCCAGUAUUAGCCCAACGACAAGAUGCGUUUGGUCCACCUCAAGCCGGCUCUGAGUCCUAUGAACAGGAUCCCUAUUAUGAUGUGCCAGAGGAUUAUGGUGCAGAGCGCUAUGAAGGAGACAGUUCGUCCAGCUCGUCCUCAGAGGAGACAGCUGAGGGACGAGCUGCUCAAUCCCGUCCCUAUGACUCUUACUAUGCAGCAUGGCAAUAUGGUAAAAAAUCUCAAUUACCUUCAGAUGGGAAUAAUAGAAAGCUCGAAACUCCACCCAGCCGGUCACCAUAUCCAGCCUAUGAUGAUGUCUAUGAUUAUCCCAUGGGCUUUCAACCACGUCCACGUCCAGAGACAGGCAUUUCCAAGCAGGCACCACCAUCCCAACCGCACACUGAAAUGGGUGUGCCACAGGUUCAGUCGGAAUCCACUCUGUUAACAGUUCUUAAAAGUCUUAAACAAAUCUGGGAUCUAUAUCAGGCUCUUAUGAGCGCCUGGAAUGCGGUCAGUGAGCGUCAUCAACAAAGUGCGGAGGUUUUAAAAAAGGAGCUAGCCCAGAAACAGGCGGAAAAGCAGCGUCUUCGUCAGCAGCAGCAGCAGAAAACUAGAAUAAAUUCAAAGAAACCACCAGCCAUGGCCAAUAAGAACAAAAAUAAAAUAACAACCACAACAACAACAUCCACUACAUCUACGACCACCAACAAAACUCCAUCUACAGACUCCGCCGAGGAGUCAGAGGAGGAAUCCACAUCUUUGGCUCCCGCUAAAGUAGAACCACGUCAUGGUGCCAAAGGAGAUGUUGAUAAAGUGAGUUCUGUCCGUGGUCUACGUCAGCGACGCGCGGCUGAGGCUGAACUGGACAACGAUGUUGGCGAAGGACGCUACAUUAAGGGUGAUCCUCUCAAGGGUUAUUAUGAUUUCGUCAUUACCGAAGGUUCUUACAAAUUCUGGGCUGUGUUUCAGGUUGGCACAGCAAUUUUGAUUAUCUACUCAACUUUUGCAGCCAUUUACUACUCCAAGGUGAAUCCAUUAACCAGUGAUUAUGAUUAUACGGAUUAUUUGGGUGGUGGACGAUCACUAUCUGGUGGAGAUGAUGACUUUGUUGAUGAUGGUGAUGGCACUACAGCAACGCCAGCACCAUCAGCAACCUCUCGUCUCAUGGAUUGGUUGCCAAGGACAGGGCAUUCUUUGCAAUUCAUUCUGGAUGCUAUUGAUAAAAUACCCUUAGAUCAUGAUCAGCACAAAGAAGUCGGUUGGAAUACGGACACAACGGAUACAGAUAAAAUGAAAAUGAGAUAGGCAUUUUAGG